GGGACCGCUGCCUUUCCGCUUCCCUCGCGGGCGGCGGCUGCGCGUGAGCGCCGCCUCGCGCCUCCCGCCGUUUCCUGCGGGUUGAGGGCCCGCUCGGCGAUCCUCUGCCCGCCGCCUGCCCCGGGCCGGGGAUGCGCGACGCGGCGGGAUGGAGGUGGAGGAGGCGUUCCCGCUGGUGGGGCAGAUGGGACCCUACCAGGUGUAUCUGUGCGUCCUGCUGGCCGUGCUCCUCCAGCUCUAUGUGGCCACUGAAGCCAUCCUUAUUGCACUGGUGGGGGCAACUCCUCCGUACCACUGGGAUCUGGAACUGCUCUUUGCUAACCAGAGCCAUAGCAACCAGUCAGCAAGUGAGCAGAGAGCCUUUGGGGAAUGGCUUCUUACUGCCAAUGGCAGCGAAGUUCAUAAGCACGUACACUUCAGCAGCAGCUUCACAUCAAUAGUCUCUGAGUGGUUUUUAAUUGGCAACACAUCAUACAAAGUCAGUGCUGCCAGUUCUUUCUACUUCAGUGGUGUGUUUGUUGGGGCAAUCUCCUUUGGCCAGCUCUCAGAUCGCUUUGGAAGGAAGAAAAUCUAUCUCACAGGUUUUGCCCUUGACAUCUUGUUUGCCAUUGCAAAUGGAUUCUCACCCUCAUAUGAAUUCUUUGCCGUGUCUCGAUUCUUGGUAGGGGUGAUGAAUGGUGGGAUGUCACUGGUGGCCUUUGUUCUACUGAAUGAGUGUGUGGGUACUGCCUACUGGGCAUUAGCAGGAUCUAUUGGUGGCUUGUUCUUUGCUGUGGGAAUUGCCCAGUAUGCUUUAUUAGGGUACUUCAUUCGCUCCUGGAGGACUCUGGCUGUUGUGGUUAACCUGGAAGGAACAGUAGUCUUUCUUCUCUCUCUGUUUAUUCCAGAGUCCCCCCGCUGGCUAUAUUCACAAGGCCGGCUGAGUGAAGCAGAAGAUGCCCUCUACCUCAUUGCAAAGAAGAACCGCAAGCAGAAGCACACUUUUUCAUUAAAACUCCCUGCUGAGAGGAGCCCCAGAGAAGCUGGCAGUUUCUUGGACCUCUUCCGAUACAGGGUUCUCUUGGGACGCACCUUAAUCAUGAUGUUCACCUGGUUUGUGUGCAGCUUGGUUUAUUACGGUCUUACCCUUAAUGUGGGUGAUUUAGGUGGAAACAUUUAUGCCAAUUUAGCCCUAUCAGGGUUGAUAGAAAUCCCAGCAUACCCAAUCUGUAUUUACUUGAUUAACCAAAAAUGGUUUGGUCGCAAGAGAACACUGAGCGCGUUUCUGUUCCUGGGAGGAUUGGCUUGUCUUAUUGUCAUGUUUCUUCCUAAAAAGAAAGAUACUGGAGUUUUUGCAGUGGUGAACAGUCGCUCACUUUCUUUGCUGGGAAAACUGACAAUCAGUGCUGCAUUUAACAUUGUCUACAUCUACACGUCAGAACUUUAUCCCACAGUGAUCAGGAAUGUUGGAAUGGGUGCCUGCUCCAUGUUUUCCCGUGUUGGUGGAAUCAUUGCUCCUUUUGUCCCUUCAUUGAAAUCUGUGCAGUGGUCUCUGCCUUACAUUGUAUUUGGAGCAACUGGUUUAUUGUCUGGGCUCUUAAGUUUAUUGUUGCCUGAAACCUUGAACAGCCCUCUGCUAGAAACUAUUUCAGACCUACAGAUAUGCUCAUACUGGAGACUGGGGGAUGAAGCCAUGUCACUGCAAACCCUAGAUGGCUCGCAGUCUGGAGACAAGGACAAUUCUGCAGGAAGUGGAAGUGAAGAUGAGGAAUUCUAUGAUGCUAAUGAAGAGACCCAUAUGAUCAAGCAAUGAAAAGAAGAAACACAAACUUGUUCUCUUUUUUUUUUUUCUUCCUUGUCCAGUCAGUCCAGCUCUGAGAUGAGAGUACUGGAAACCACCUAUCAGGGAAUGUAGUUGGGCAAGUGCCUGUGUCUUUCCUGAGUAGGAAGGGAGUUUAAAUACUGUUAAGAUUAAUUACACCACUGUUUCUUUUCAUGUGAGACAGCCAUUCAAAUACUUGUGGGUAGGAAUGAGAGAGAAUGCACAGACUACAUUUGAAUGAUAGCAAGGGAAGGAUAAUGCAUUUCUGAAAGAGAAAAUUAUCAACUAUUUGUGCAGAUCAUCGGUGCUUUUGUGUAUUCAGAGGGUUGGUUUUGAGUCAUCCUAAACUGAUGAACUUGAAAAUGUUCACUUUUUUGUUUUUUGUGGAAUGAAAGUGAUUGCACAAUAUUUUGUGUGCUACCCCAGGAGGAACGAACUUAUGAAAUUGUAUGUUAAAAUGGCUUUUACAUAUUGAGUGGGGGAGAGGCAACUAUGAACAUAAGGUUUCUCCUUCAGGCAUGUGGACACCUGUGUAGAAUUACAAGGUACAGCUGAUCAGUUCAUGGCCUAUCCAUGAACUUUGUGAUGAUGAAAGGCUGGGAAGAGUCCAUAACAUCUGUAGAUAUAGAGGAUGUUGCUGAUUUCUCUCUCCUCUAUCCACCAAACAUUCUCUUGGGCUGCCUUAUGCAUAGAUUUGCCACAUUUCCCACAUCUCAGAACUGCUGUUUGUAGCUUUGCCUACUUCUACUUUGUCUUUGCUUUUCUAUAAAUAUUAAAGCUUAGCAACUUCUCUGCCUGUGCAGUGAAGUAACUGUUUAAGGAUGUAAUUUCAUAAGUAGUACACAGGUGAGGUCUUUAUCGCAUACUGUGUAAGGUGAAGUGUGUUUUUAGGGUAUUUAGCUCAUUUCUAUGGACCUAUCUGCAUCUUCAUUUGUGGAAGAAAUGUAAGCAUUAAGUGACAAGAGGAGCCAUGGGCUGCUGUUACAUUUUGUAGGAUUACUGCAGAAAGCUGCUAAUAUCUGUUUAAAAUUCUUUUGCUCUUAAACUCUUUAAGCCAGUGUUUACUGGAUUACUUGACCUUGUUGAGGAAGACAACUUCAUUCUUUAGUUUACACUACACUUUGUUUAGUUAGAAGGAUACAAAAAUCUUUAAGUAUGAGCAAGUGCAAUGUUGUGACUAAAAAAUAAGGCCUUAGGAAGAUUCAACUUUUAUCCUCUAACUACUUGCUUGCUAUUUAUUAAGAUUGAUUUCCAUGAGUUGUUUGCUAGUUUUUAUAUUUGAGGUCACUAACAAAGUGAAAAGAGCUGUUGACCUUGUGAGACAUUUUUUUUAUGUGAAUAGUAGAUUUAGAAAAUGGAAUUAAAAAAAAAAAAAAAAAGAGUUGUCAGCUGAACUUAUUCCAGUUAAACUGGGAAGUUCAUUUACUCUGAAAGGAAGUGAAACUGAACAGUAUCUGAAGUUUACAGCUAGCUGCUUGAUCUUUGUUCAUUGGAACUGUAACACUGAGGAAAAUCUAACUACCCUGCUUGGUGCAGCAGGCAGCCCAGAGGCUACAGAGUGCAGCAUGUAGUACUCCCACUUGAUCUGAAUUUGAUUCACACAUUGGCUGUGAGUACAGUAGGGAACUUCAAUCCCUGUGGAAAAAGUGUCUUCAGUUUUUCUUCCAGACUGCUGCAUCAUUGUUGUAGCAAGGGCGUUUUCAUCUUGGCUGGAUACUUUUUCUGCCUAUAUUUGGCCCUUAUGCUGGUUGAAAAUUUCUCUAAAUAAGGUACUUGGAAAAGCAUGGAAUGUUGAGUAUAUUUAUUCAAAGAUAUUUUUAGUUCUGUAUUCACAUUUUGAAUUAUGGAUAGUUGGAAAAGCAUCAGGUUUGGUUUCGUUGUUGAUGACUUUUGAAGAUAUAAAGCCUGCUUACUUGAAAGCAAACAGUGGUAAGCCUGGCAUUAUUACCAUGCUGCCAAGAUCCAGCACAUUUUUUAGCUGCUUAUUUUCCUCUCUUAUAUGGUAUGUAGAGUAAGUUUCCCUGAGAGGCAGACAGGAACUGUUAGCCAUUCUUUGUCCAUAGUUUGUGUGUCAUCUGCUACUGGCAACACAGGACGUCAUAGCCACGCAGUUCUCAGUAGGAAGAGUAAGAUGUGGCAGUUCAGGUUUGCAGAACCUGAGUUGAAUAUUUGUGGUUCUUUGAUUUUAAUCAGUCUUCAACUUGUUAUCAAACUUACUUCUCCAUUCAUGCACUUUUGUAUUGUAAGUAUAGAUGUAGAAAAUUCAAAAACGAGAGUGAAGAAAGUGUAUUUUUUGUUUGAUAAGUUACUGUACUUCAUUUUAGGAAUAUAGGAAUACUUUGUUUCAGCUGAAGGAUGGAGUACUGAUUAUCUUUCCCACUCUUAGAGCUGCCUCUAAUCAUGCUCUCUGACAUAUAGCGUAUCUAGGCAUCUGUGCAAUUUGUGAGCAUGGUGGUAAAUAUGUCUGAAGAGCUCAUGAGAGCAGUACUGUUAUUUGAUGGUAGAAGUCAGUCUGGCCUGAUAUACUCAACGCCUGUGUCAGGAAUGUCUAUAUGCAGCUGUUUACCAAACAGGACAGUUAUUUUGAGUCUCACAGCUCCUAUUUUGUUGCAAGAUGUAUUAAGUGAAUGAAAGACCUGUGUAAGAAAACUUGUGACAUCUGAGCAUAGAAUUGGAGUGUGAACAACUUUAUACAGAAUUUUCCAUGCCAUGUCUUUUUAAUGCCUUGUCCAGUCUAUGUUAAUCUUAACCAGAUUAUCCAGGUGCUACAGUUAUUUCAGUCUAAUAGAGGUGUGCAGAAUUUUCACCCUGACGGUCUGAAUUUACUGAACUUUCUCAUCUUAUUUUGGUACUACUAGCUCCUGUCAUCCUGGAAAAAAAGCUCUUGUGUUGCCUAAUGGAGAGUAGAUUUUUAUUCUGCUCUAAUUGAUUGUAAGUGCCUGUAUUAUGAAAGGCUUUUUAAUUUCCUCAAUCAACUUGAUAUGGGACUGUGUGUAAAGUAACAUCAUAGAACUGAAUGAUGUAUGUGCCAAAGACUGCUUUUGCUGGAAAGCAAUGGUCCAAUACUGGUUCUAGCUGCAUUCAUUUGGAAUUCCUCCAUGCAGCCUGCCAAAACUGGUGCAUACAAGCAUCUCCAGAGCGUUAGGGGAUGGAAAGUUACCUUUGCUUGUCUUUCCUUUUUCAGUUCACUUAAAUAUUUUGUGUUUUCUGAAAGGAGAAAGUGUAGGAUUUGUAGAAGAGCUGAGUAUGCACCUCUUGUCAAUUAGAGAAAUCUGCAGAGCCUGUUUGCUUCUGAGUUGCAAAUGCCAAAGCUUACUCUCAAAGACUGAUAAAAUCUGGUUUAAAAACUGCACGCUGGAAUUGUAGUUCAGCCAUCAGCCUUACAAAUUAGCACUGCCAGUAAUGGUUUGCCUCAAGCAUUGUAGGAUAUAGCAGAUUUUUAUAAAAGGUGCAGUUUGAGGCAUUACUAAAUAGUAAUUUCUGUAGUUCAACUCCCUACUACAACUACAAAAUUCAGUGCUAGUCAGCUCUAACAUGGCAGUUUUAUUUCCCAGCAAAUGGGCAAGUGUCUAAAUGUUUGUGCAGCAGGAGGUGGAUGCCAUCAGAAGAGUGGUUUAGAGGAAGUAAUCUGCAUUCUCUGCUGCAUAUGCACAAUGAAGUAAGGCUGUGAUGUGUCAGGAUCUUCUCUUAUGUAGUAAGCUCAUAGAAGUACAUUUAAACAAUUUAAACAGAAGCUCAUAGGAGUCCAUUUAAACAAUUGCCUGCCCAUCUUCAAUUACAAAAGCCUUUAGAGAAUGAUGAUCUUCUACAUGCAAGUUAAUGCUCGCCAACACAUCUGAGAUGCUUGUAUUGCACCCACUGCAGCAGGUAGGCAAGAAAAUGUGGCAAUAAGAACAUCUUUGCCUAUACUGGAACAGUUAACUUUUUCUGAAAGAUAUCCCAGGAGAAGUAUCCAGUACAUCCAUGUUCAAACAAAAUAUUUUAAAAUGAUGGAAACUUGACUGGGAAACAGACAUUUCUGAUAGCAGCUUGCAGGGGAAAAAAAAUAAUUGUUUCAAACUGGUUAAAAGCUUUCUAAUAUAGAACUGCUGUGUGGUUUUUUAGUAAAAGAGUUUAUUGCACUUCUGUGAUGUCAAAUAUGACUCCAAAUGACAGUUUUUCAGUACUAGACUCACCUCACUCCCCAAAGUUUAAUCCAGUUCUCCAUCUGUUCUUGUUAAAACUAUGAAGGUCUUUUAGCAACCAGGAAUAUAUUUUUCAUAUGGAUAUAUUUGUUGCACUACUUUCCUUCUUGAAUCUAAUUUUACUUCCAUUUUUUAAGCUACUACCUCCUUAAGUUGAGCUUUUUUGUCACUUCUGUAUUUAACAGAAUUUUAGAUAAUAUAAAAUAUUUCCUUUUUUUUUAAUUUAUGUAGGAAUCCAUGAUUUAAACAGAAGGAAGACUUGUGCUUUUAAAAGUUUUAUUUAAAGGCUUUUCAAAAUUAGCUUAAAAUGCUUAUGCUUUUGGAGGACCAGAGUUAUUGCACCUUUUAGAAUCUGGGUUCUCUUGUUUGCACUGUUGUUAAGGGCAAAAAAUUAAGGGCAAGAAACUUUUAUUUUUGUGCUAAUCUCCAUUGAGGGGAUAACUUGAGGGGAAGGAAGUUUUGAGUUGGGAAAUUUAACUUAUUGCCAAUUAAAGAGCUUCUAUUUAUUGCUGUUGGUAUUGAGGCAGAGAAAAACAAAUGGGGAGAGACGCUGCUUCUCUCUGGAUGCUCUUCCUUUGCCAUCUUGGUGGUCUCCUGUCCCUUGGUUGGAUAUUACUCUUAGUUCCUUCAGCAAGGCAACAAGUAGCUCGGGAGAUUGGGAUCAGCACUUGCUGUCAUACUUGCUCCUUAUUUCUUUCUCUGCUGCUCUACUGUGGGUUUCUUCACUGGAUUCAGUGCCCUUUAAAGCUGCGUCUCCUUCUACGUCUCAUCCUCUCAGCCCCUGCUUGGGCUACAGUUCUUUUUUGGUGUUUCUUCUACCCUGCUGUCACCCCUCUCCUAUCCUGUGCUGGCAUAGUCUUCUCUUAUUUUUUUUUUUUUUCCUCCUCCUUCUAUAAAUAUUGUCUUUUUCUCUUAAAUAUGCUUUUAAAUAUUUUAGAUGUGCCACAACCUCCUCUGAUUGUUUGGAGCAUUGGGAUGAAAUGGGUCAGUGCCUAGUGUCUGAAAUGGCAAUGGGCCCAAACUGAAAGACAUGUGCAUCUGCCUAAGCAUAUAGAAACAUUUUUUCUUUUUCUUUAAUUUUUUUUUUUGAAUUUUUUUUACUGCUAGGAUAACCUAUCACUGCCACAGAUUGACAGAGAGGUUAUGGAGUUGUUGGCAGUGUUCAAAAGCCAUCAAGACAAGGUCCAGGGCAACCAGCUGUAUGGGACCCUAGAUGACCUCCAUUACCAAAACUCUUGACAGGUGUGCCUAAUACAUGACUCCACAAUGCUUUCUUUGAGAUCGAGUCCUUAAAGGGCUGACAGUUACUAUGAGCAAAACUUGGCACCAUAUUCCUUUUGUGUUUCUAUUGUCUUAGGUCAAAUAAAUGAAACUCCUUAGGAUAUAAGCAGACAUUUAUAGCCAAGUUCUGUGUCUGGUUACAUGUUUGUAUUCUUACUGAUUUCAGAAGACAGAUCUUAGAUUUCCACUUGACCAGAAGAACAGCCAAAGGGGUAAGCUUCCUUCUCUCUGCUUAAGCCUUCAUCAUCAUGAAAUCAAAUCUUUCUACAGUCUCUGUAUCUUGUAGACGUAAAGUCCUGGUUAGCCCAGAGGUGAGUAACAGAAAAGAGGCAGUACAGGGAAUCGAUUUUUGUUUGCAGCAGUGAAUCAAAUUGUAUAUAGGUGGUGUGCAUAUUUUUAAAUAUUUUGGGGGGGGGGACUUGAAUACUGACUGUUAGGAGCCUUCCAGCAUUAAAACACAGACUGAUAAAUGUCAGAGUACUUCUUUAGUUGUAUCCGUGCGCUGUUGUUAAAUCAAAGUUGUACUGAUGAGAAGUCUCUGUUUAGAAUACUUGAUCUGAGAAGCCACAGUUAAGGCAUCAUGAGCUUUUCCAUAAUAGACCUUUUAUGGGGUUAUGUCCAUGCGUUCUGUGAACAGUUGUUGGGUCCAUCUCUUUUUAAGAUGUUCUUUCCCGUAAGCAAGGGACCAUAGCAACAAGUGUAGAAAUAUUCAGAGUAAUUGCACUUACCUGUUUUGUUUUCUUAAUGUAUUUCCUAUGCAUACUGCCUUACCCAUAUGUACUGUGCUUCACUGGUGGUACUAAGGGUAAAUAUCAGGUUUUUAAUUUAUAAUAUAUAACAUGAAUUUUUAAAAAAUAAUAAUAAUUCUGUAACAUUAGGUAUUUAUUUCAAGACAGAGGAAGAGAUGUUGCUAAGCCCAGGUGAAUUUAAUCAAAAGUUAAUAUUGGUGGUCUUUAUUCUCAGUUAAUUUCUGAACGGUUUUGAUCAUUUGAAAUAAAUAUAAUAUUUUAAGAUUAUUUUGUAGAGGAAAGCUCACUUUCAGGUGACUAGUAACAGCUCUGAUACUGCCUCUGACACGUGUACCUUCAUAUAACGUCUUUGUAACUUAUUUUGUGCCUUUUCUCCCCCGACACAAAAAAUCUCUCAAUAAAAACAAACUCUUUUGGAACACUGUAAACCUA